AGGAAGUGCAGAAAUAAUCAUCAGCAGUGGCGCACCCCAGUUUAAAACAUACUUUCCUCCACGGCCAACUGGGGAGGGAACCACAGACUCACACUCACCAUGAAGACCAUCAGGCUGCUUCUUGUCAUCCUAGCAUCAGUGCUCGGCUUCACUCCAGCGCCUGUAGCACCCGAACCUGCACCUGCAGCACCAGGAUUACAACCUACAACAACACAACCAGCACUUGCAGCACCGGGACCUGCAACUACAAAACCUGCACCUGCAGCACCGGGACCUGCAACUACAAAACCUGCACCUGCAGCACCGGGACCUGCAACAACAAAACCUGCACUGGCAGCAACAGGACCUGCAGCACCGGGACGUGCAACAACAAAACCUACACCUGCAGCACCAGGACCUACGACAACAAAAUCUGCACCUGCAGCACCAGGACCUGCAGCACCGGGACCUGCAACCACACAACCUAGAGCACCAGUAAUUGGAACGCCGCAUUCUGCUGCACCACCACCAACAACAGCAGCAGCACCAGCUGCGACAGCAGCUCCCUCAGCAAAAACGAAGGCGAUACUCCCGGCGAUGGACAAGACACACCCACCAAAACCCCAAAAUGACUCCAACGUGACUCAUGGGCUAAACGACGCCACGGCUCCUACGCAGCGCAGCAAAGGGACCAGCCUGACAACAGAGAAGAGCCACGGUCCUCAGCAGGGCAGCAAGGAGCCCGCCAAAGCAGGAACUGACCAAAGGUUUUGGUGGCUUUUGCUGCCUAUCCUGUUGGUUGGCGGCGCCGCCGUCAUCGUCCUCAAGUCUAAAUGUAAGAAGGUCCACGACCACACAGAGACUAUGGACACCGGAACCGAGAACGCAUCUUUCCAGAGCCGCCCCGAAAGCACCAAAGAUGGCGUCAUGCUCCUCGGCGUGAAGUCAUCAGUGGGCGAAGAAAACGCUGCAAGAUAAAACAGAGUGGCCGCAUGAAGACGACGUGGAUCUGCCUCCCGGUCAUUGUCUCAAGUAAAUUUCUUCACGUUUAUGAUGUAAGAAAUGGCGUAAGGUGGAAUUUUUUUAUAUAAUAAUUUUAACGCAAUGAGGUGACAUGAAAUAGAACGAAGCUUUUAUUGUUAUUUUCUUAAAACGACCCCCAGCCAAAGUUGUUAAAACCAUGAAGCUGUUGAUUUAUUUCAUUAUGUGUUCAAGGACAUCAUUAAAUAAUGCUUUUCUAAUCGGAGCUGCCCAAACCUUUUCCACCGAGGGCCUUUAUACAGAAAAAAUUUAAGUGUGGGGGGACCCCUUUUUUUUUUUUACAUUAAUGAGUCUGAAACCAACCAAGUGUGGCUAUCUCAUGAAAACAUCUGAGCUUUGUGUUAUAGGUGACAAAGCAAAUAAGUGUUAUAUCUCAAUAAUGCAUUAAGAUUUUUUACAGUAUACCAAGGUUCAUACAAAACGAGCUGUUGGUCAAAAAUGGCCCCUGGCGUCCACUUUGGACACCACUGAAUUACAACAUUAUUUAAUCCUAAACAAGGGGGUAUUCCAGAAAGCAGGUUAAGUGGAAACUUUGUGUACGUAAGACCUGAAAUGAGCGAAAUGCUGGGUUUUCUGUUCCAAAAAAGAGAGGUGAGUCUUAGGCAGGCUCACCUGCUUGCGAGCUGGCUUAUUGGACAAACCCUGGGAUGUUUUUUUCAUGUCUCCUCCCUCUUGAUUAACCCGAAGAAAUCUGUCAGACAUAAAAGCUCUGUUCCUUUGUAACCAGUUGAUGAUGUUAAAACAAAAUUAUUUCUUGAAGCCUGAUGUUGGGGGAGGAUUUUAAGGGUCAUGGUUAGUUGGAUAUACUAAUGUUUUUGAAGACUUAGUUGUUGUCAAGAUUUUAAUUAAAAAGUAGUAACUAAACUGAACUGAAUUUAUUAUUAAGUGCACUAGCAAAAUAACCUGCCAACAAGAGCAGACCUUUUAGAUUGUUUCAAGAAGUACAGUAUAUCUCAGAUUUUAGUACAUACUAUUUAUGUUAAGCAAUAAAGAAUAAAUAUACAUGUCAACGUGCGUUUGUGUGCGUGUGUGUUUAUUCAUUGAUGUGUGUGUGUGUGUGUAUAUAUAUAUAUGUAUACAUUUAUAUAUAUUUUUUUUAUUGCUUAUAAAUAUGUACUAAAAUAUAUAUAAAUUGAUAUAUACUUUGCAUUUGUAUCGACUUUACAGGUCAAACAUAAUAAAAAAUGUUUUUAAAAGAUGGAUUUGCACCUAAAUUUAAAUGGUAUUUUAUUCCAUAUCAUUCCUCCACUUUUUUACUUGCAGGCUAAUACAAAAAAUGUGGCCUUUUAUUGUAGUCUUAACUCAGGGUCAACAUACUCAGGAUUGAAGCUAAUUUAUAUCAGCUGUUUUGGAACCCAGCACUCAGUUUUCCAUCUUUGGGUAAAUCGACUUAAACUUCGGGUACCAACUUAGUUUGUUGAACCUCUUACCUCCUGGAAUACGCCUUGGAUUGUAGAUGAUAGUACCGCCAUUUUCUGUCCAGAUACUAUGUACUUAGAAAGCAAAUCUGUGCCAGUGUUAAAGUUGAGUGAGUAGUAAAUACUACACUAUAUAAACUGUGCAUGUGGAAAAUUUGAAUGCAUUCAAAUAGUUAUUUUUUAAGAAGUGUAUCUGUGCCAACAUAUUGUUCUGGACCUCAAAUAAAUCACCAUAAAAUGUUGA